GUUUUUUUCUUGUAAGAAAAAUAUCAAAUGUCAAAAGAUCUCGUUGUAGGAAUUAAUGGAUUUGGAAGAAUAGGGAGAAUGUGUUUACGUGCUUGUAUCGAAAAGGAUAUUACGGUCAAGUUGGUUAAUGAUCCAUAUAUUUCGACCGAUUAUAUGAUAUAUCUGUUCAAAUUUGACUCGACUCAUGGAGCGUAUCCUUUAAAAAUACAAUGUGAAAAUGGGCACAUUAUUAUCGGAGACAACAAAAUAGCCACAUCCCAGGAAAAGAAUCCAUGUAAAAUAAAUUGGAGAGGCGCGGGUGUGACAUACGUAAUUGAAUCCACUGGCCUUUUUACCACGUUAGAAAAAGCAAGCUUGCAUAUGGAUGGUGGUGGGAAGAGAGUGAUUAUUACCGCCCCUUCUGUAGACGCGCCGAUGAUAGUUUACGGGGUGAAUCAUACUUGUUACGAUCCGAAAAAGGGUAAAAUAGUAUCGGCCGCGUCUUGCACGACAAAUUGUGCAGCACCGAUCAUUCGAUUAAUGCAUGAUAAAUUCGAUGUUAUUGAAGUAAUGAUUAGCAGUGUGCACGCUUUAACGUCGAUGCAACGAACAUUAGACGGACCUUUGGAAAGAGGGAAAUUGUGGAGAGACGGUAGAGGCGCUCUUCAAAAUAUCAUACCAACAUCUUCAGGAGCUGCUAAAUCAUUGGAUAAAAUUAUCCCUGAACUUAAAGGGAAAAUAUCUGCAAUAGCUUUUAGAGUACCAAUCCCAAAUGUUUCUUUAUGCGAUAUGACUUUUAGGGUUAGUAAACCGACAACGUAUGAGGAGAUAAAAGAAGCAAUGAAAACAGCAUCAGAAAACGAUUUGAAAGGUAUAUUGGGUUAUACAGAUGAUGACUGUGUAUCAUCCGAUUUCAAUAGGACAACUUAUUCGUGUAUUUUCGAUGCUAAAGCUGGCAUUCCUCAGACAAGUACAUUUAUCAAAGUUAUUGCGUGGUAUGAUAAUGAAUAUGGUUAUGCGCAUCGUGUAAUGGAUUUAAUAUUAUACAUGUACCAAAUUGAUUCUGGUAAUAUACCAGUACCUCCACAAGAGAUAGAAGAAAGUGAAGAUUAAUUAUUUUAUUCAGUACUAAGCAUAUAUUAUAAGACUACAUUUUAUGUAAAGUAAUAUGUCUAUUCUAUCUAUGUUUUCAAUUAGAUAAUUUAAAGAUCAUUUAUUACAUUAAAAUUUCAUUUA